AUGUUAGAGCAUCGAUCGGUUCCGACAACCGGAUAUCAUUGGAAUUUUAUCGGAAUCCUACGUUCGGAUGUGACAUUGAUUCCUCAACCAGGAAUCCAAUGGGAUUUCAUCGGAUGUUAUCCUUCUUUAUUUAUCGACAAGACAUUCCGAAAAUUCUUCCCUGACUACAUAUCAUCACGAUUAUUUCUCCCAUUUCUUGACAAUGAAGCUCAAUUCGUACAAAUGCGUAUUGCAUUAUCUGGACAACCAAGUCGACAACAAUCUCAAGUCGAAACAGCAAUACCCACGAUCCACGGAUUGGGAAUUCUCAAAAAUUCAAGCGAUUCCAGGAAAUUUAAACAAUUCAAGCAACUCAAAGCAAUUCAGAGAAAAUCAGGAACUUCGAGUGGUACCUAA